CGUCACCCGUUGCCGACUGCCCGCCAACUGGCCACCGCAAUCACGGGCACAGGCUUUAUAUCUUGCCGUUUGCUGCUGGACCCGUCGAUUCUGCCUGCCAAACAACCCGCAGCAGGGGCCAGACCCAGAUUAUCCACUCCACGCCCGCCGGCUCAGCAGCUUAAACGAGACACCUUCCACCCACCCUGCCUGCCGCCUGCUCUGCCGCCAGCUUCACUCUCACCCACAGUCACCCUAUAUCAUUCGCGCCUCGUCCUUGUGCCUCGCCUCUCCCACACUGCAUCAACAGUAGUCUCUCUCUCUCGACUCGCAUCACCCGCGGCGCCAUGGACCAGUCCAUCAUCCGCAUCUCCAAGGAACUCAGUGACAUUCAGAAGAGCUCGGAUUUGUCACUUGCGGUUGCCUGUCGCGAUGUCGACGUACGCAAUGUCAAGGCCUUAAUCAUGGGUCCUCACGAGACUCCAUACGAGUUCGGCUUCUUCGAGUUUGCGAUCCGAUUCCACAAAGAAUACCCGUCCAAGUCGCCCAAUGUCCAGUGCGCGACAACAAAUGGCGGGCGUUGCCGAUUCAACCCCAACAUUUAUGCGAAUGGCAAAGUUUGUCUGUCAAUUUUGGGGACUUGGAGAGGAGAACGAGGAGAAGAGUGGUCAUCUGCUCAAGGCUUGGAGUCUAUCCUGCUUUCAAUACAGAGUCUGUUGUCGACGAACCCCUACGAAAACGAGCCAGGCUUUGAGGAUGCCAACGAGGACUCCGACAAAAAGGCACAGAAGGACUACGUUCAGAAGAUUCGCCACGAGACCCUGAGAAUCUCCGUUAUUCAGCGCCUUGAAGCGUACCUGGGACUUUCGCCUGACGGCUACCAGCACGGAGUAGAGGCUCGCGACCCCGAUGAAAUCGAUGAUGACGACAUUGACGAAUCCAGCGUUCCAUUCGAGCCAUUCAAGGAUCUCUGCAAACGCCGAUUUCUAUGGUACUACGAAUCCUAUCUCGCCACCAUUAAACUGGGAAAAUCAGAAGUAAAGGACGGCCAGCACUUUGUGAGGAUGCCCUUUGAGUCACCCAACAGCAACUCGAUGGACGGGCGAUUCAACUACGCUGAGCUAGAACGCCGCCUCCGCACUAUCAAAGCAGCCAUCGAUGCCGAGCCCCUCGUCUGGGCCGAGGAAGGUCUUGCUUCAAAGGCCCGAGAGUCGACAGUUGCUGUGAACCUGCAGCAUCAAUUUGAGCAAGUUGUUGAGUCCUUCAAGCGGAGCGACAUGCCGCAUGACGUUUUCCUUGAGAAUGGCAACCCCUUCAUUUGGAUGAUCACGUACUUCGGACGGCCAAUGACGAAUCUUGAUGGUGGCCUGUUCCGAGUCAAGAUGAACUUCAGUCCUCGAUUCCCUGACGAACAACCUCGUGUCAAGUUUGAGAGCAAGAUCUUUCAUCACUACAUUGCGGCCGAUGGCACGGCCUGCUACUCGCCCAACCCCAUGAGGCGGGAAGACGUCAAAUCUCACAUCGAAGCCAUCUUUGCCUUUCUCGAAGAAGACGAACCGGCUUACGAUCCGCGCAAAAUUGUGAACCCAGAGGCUAGUAAGAUGUACUGGGGUGGUGCCGCGGACGACAGGAAGAAGUACAAUCGGCGUCUGCGCCGCUCCGUACAGCAAAGCAUGGAGGACUUUCCCGAGUAGCCGGGGAAUUUCGUUUGUCUCUACCAUGGAACUUGUUGAGCAUUUCUGGUGGCGUAUUGCGGUGAACGCGGAGGGGCCAAAGGCACCACCUGCCGGUUUUAAGACGGCGUUGGGCGCUGUGAUCAAUACAAGGGAAAGGGAAACAAGCUUGGUCCGAUCUUGGACGGGUUGGAAUGCAUGUGUUUGACUCUACACGAGGGAUCUCGGGGGCUUGCAAGGGUA